AUGGCAACACAACCGCCCUUUAAGGGAUCCCGAUCACUCCGAUGGGAAAACUUAAGGGAACCCCAAGUUGAGGAAAAGAAAGAUGAGACCAAGAAAGUGGCUGAGUUGAAACAAUUGCCUGAAAAUCUCAAGUACGUUUUUCUAGAUCCCGAAAGGAAAUGCCCGACUAUUAUAAGCUCUAAUCUAGAGGUUUCUCAAGAAGACAAGCUUGUCAAGGUUUUGAAGAAGCACAAAAGUACCAUGGGAUGGGCGAUAGAAGACUUGAAGGGAAUUAGCCCUACGAUGUGUAUGCAUAAAAUUCUCAUGGAAGAUGGUCAUAAACCACUGGUGCAACCACAAAGAAGACUAAAUCUCGUAAUGAAGGAAGUGGUUAGGAAAGAGGUUGUUAAACUGUUAGAUGCCAGGUUAAUUUAUCCCGUAUCCGAUAGCUCUUGGGUGAGCCCUGUUCACGUGGUCCCGAAGAAAGGAGGAACUACAGUCAUAAGGAUUGAGAAAAAUGAGUUACUCCCUACUAGGACGGUCACGGGUUGGCGUGUGUGCAUCGACUAUAGGAGGUUGAAUUUGGCAACCAGAAAGGAUCAUUCUCCGUUACCAUUCAUUGAUCAGAUCUUGGAAAGGUUAGCAGGUCAUGAGUACUAUUGUUUCCUUGAUGGAUACUCUGGAUACAAUCAGAUAGAGGUUGCACCAGAAGAUCAAGAGAGGACAACUUUUACAUGCCCCUAUGAAAGAUGCCAACAGACUAAUCUGAUUCUCAACUGGGAGAAGUGUCACUUCAUGGUGAGAGAAGGAAUAGUAUUGGGUCACAAAAUCUCUCACAAAGGGAUAGAAGUGGACCAAGCCAAGAUUGAGGAAAUAGAAAAGUUACCACCUCCUAUGAAUGAAAAAGGUAUAAGAAGCUUCUUAGGACAUGCGGGUUUCUACCGCAGGUUCAUAAAAGAUUUUUCCAAGAUAGCUAAACCCUUAACUACCCUGUUGGUUAAGGACAAGGAUUUCAUUUUUGAUAAAGAGUGUGUCGUUGCUUUUGAAACGAUAAAAAAUAAAUUGGUGACGACACCUAUUGUCAUUGCUCCUGAUUGGCCUCUACCUUUUGAGAUCAUGUGUGAUGCGAGUGACAUUGCAGUGGGAGAAGUUAUUGGGCAACAUAGGGAUAAGCUGUUGCAUCUCAUAUAUUAUGCUAGUCAUGUGUUGAACCCUGCACAGAUGAAUUACGCGACUACCGAGAAGGAGUUGCUAGUUGUGGUCUAUGCCUUUGAUAAAUUCAGGUUCUAUUUGUGGGACGACCCAUUCUUGUAUAAGAAGGGAGUAGACGGGUUGGUCAGAAGAUGUGUUCCCGAAGAAGAACAAAGGGAUGUGCUGAAAGCUUGUCACAAUUCUGACUAUGGUGGACACUUUAGUGGAACCGCUGCCAAAGUCCUCCAGUCAGGCUUAUACUGGCCGACACUUUUCAAAGAUGCGCAGCAAGUGAUCAAAGAGUGCGAUAAGUGCCAAAGGAUGGGAAACAUCUCGAAAAGAAAUCAGAUGCCGCAAAACCCCAUGCUGGAAGUUGAACUCUUUGAUGUGUGGGGUGUUGAUUUUAUGGGACCGUUUCCACCGUCAUUUGGAAAGAAUUACAUUUCGGUGGCGGUGGAUUAUGUAUCCAAGUGGGUAAAAGCAGUCGCUCUACCAACAAAUGAUGCAAAAGUGGUGGUCAAGUUUUUGAAAGAAAACAUAUUUGUCAGGUUUGGAGUGCCAAGAGCUCUAAUAAGUGAUGAAGGAACUCACUUCUUAAAUCACCUAAUGGAGAAACUACUCUUGAAGUAUAAUGUAAAACAUCGGAUAGCCACUCCAUACCACCCGCAAACAAGUGGUCAAGUUGAAGUGUCAAAUAGGCAGCUGAAACAAAUCCUAGAGAAGAUGGUUAAUGCUUCUCACAAAGAUUGGGCGAGUAAGCUUGAUGAUGCACUUUGGGCAUAUCGUACUGCUUUCAAAACACCGAUUGGUAUGUUCCCGUAUCAAUUGGUAUAUGGUAAGGCAUUUCACCUACCCUUGGAACUUGAACACAAAGCUUUGUGGGCUUCAAAAUUCCUUAACUUGGAUCUUGUGAAAGCGGGAGAAUCCCGAAUCCUUCAACUCCAUGAGUUGGAAGAAUUUAGGAACCGGGCAUAUGAAAAUGCAAAGAUCUACAAAGAUCAAACGAAGAAAUGGCAUGAUAGAAGAAUCCAAAGGAAGGAAUUCUGGGAAGCACAAAUGGUACUAUUGUUUAAUUCAAGGAUGAAGUUGUUCUCUAGAAAACUGAGAUCGAAAUGGUCGGGGCCGUUUGUGGUGCACAAGGUGUGA